GCACUAAUAUGGUGGGGAUAACAACGAUAAAUGAUAAUAAACAUAUCUUCGCGUGGUUACUCUUAAAAUUAAAUUCAGCUUGUUUUUUAGCUACGUUUCACAUUGCAAUACAAGAUAACAAACGAAUGUAAAUGAAUGGCGAUUUUACGAACGUCAAGUUGGCUAACAAAACGUUAAAUAAUGAAGAUCGUAACCUAAUAAAAUCCUUAUGCGAAAAAUAAGUAACAUAAAGCUUUCUGGCUUUAUGUUACUUAUUUUUCGCAUAUUUCGCAAAUAUUUAACACGUUAACCUUUUCCUAGAUACAUAGUGAUGUUUUGGUGAAGACAGCUUGAGGCGUUGAGAUUAGCGAUUUAAAAUAGACGAGAUGUGCCGGAUUUAUGUAAUUUAAUGCAAUUAGGCAAAGGUGGCGAAGUAACUUUGCUUAGCACUAUGUAGUGAUGCUGAUAAGUAGCUCUACCGGAUUGUACGUGAUAGUGAAAGUGCGCGUAGUCCGCGAUCAGCUGAGCGGGAGGUUGACGUCUCGCUCGCGUGCCGGCGACGACAUGGACCAUGUGGAGAAUUUGCGGCGUCAGUAAGGCCCAGCCAGUACUGUUCUGUAGAGGCAUCGAUGACGACUUUCAGCCGACAUGGCGGUUGUGGGGCGAGGAGCGCGUGGACGGCGCCAUCUACACGGUCUAUCUCAAGAAGGUGCGCUACCACCGCCCGACGCGUUGCGCUUCCAGUGAGUCAGACGACGAGAUCUCACACCUCGAGUGGGAGACGGUGCGCGUGCGCUUCGUGAAGGCUGGUACGGUCGAACGGCUAGUUGAGGCGUUGGCCACCGACGAUGGCGAGCUCGAGUGCACUUACGUCAACGUCUUCCUUGCCACAUACCGUUCAUUUGCGGAGUGCAGCCGAGUGCUGGACCUGCUCUUGCGGCGGUAUGAGGCCCUGGCGGCGGAAGAUGUGCUCCCCGCGACAAUCGACACAUCGCAGCAACAUCGAAAGACUCUGGUGGCAUGUCUCCACGUUUGGCUGGACACCUACCCGGAGGACUUUCGGCAGCCCCCCCACCACCCCGCACUGCAGCAGCUUCUCGCCUUCACACAGCUCCACCUGCCUGGCUCUGAGCUACACUCGAAGGUAUUGCAGAAGUUAGCGAUAUUCAGUGCGGAACGAAAUGGCAGUGGCGGCGGUGGUGGCGUGUGCCUCGCGCCCGGCAUGCGCGUGCCGGCGCACCACACCAGCGCGUACCGCCUGCCGCACGUGCCGCACCGGCACUUCGCCGAGCAACUCACGCGCAUGGACAUGGAACUGUUCAAGAAACUCGUGCCGCACCAGUGCCUCGGUGCCAUCUGGUCGAGGAGGGAUAAGGACCGCUCCCAUGAUGCCGCUACCGUCUUAGCUACAGUUAACCAGUUCAACGCGGUCUCCUUUCGAGUCAUUUCCACGGUGCUCGUCGAACCCAACUUGAGGCCCAUCGACCGAUCCGACAUACUCGCAGCGUGGCUCGACAUAGCCCGUGAAUUGAGAGUUUUGAAAAACUUCUCGUCAUUGAAAGCCAUAAUUUCCGGAUUACAGAGUAAUCCUGUGUAUAGGUUAAGGAAAACGUGGGCGUUGCUGUCUAAGGAAAAAUCCGAAUUGUUUGAAGAAUUAGCGAGAAUAUUUAGCGAGGACAACAACCGCUGGGCACAACGAGAGCUUCUGAUGAGGGAAGGGACUGCGAAGUUUGCUGAUACGGUCGGUGAAAAUGACCGGCAGUUGCAGAAGUUGCUUCACGAGCGCGGCUCACCGGGCGUCAGCCACGGUACUAUUCCUUAUCUAGGCACGUUUUUAACAGAUCUCACGAUGAUAGAUACUGCCAUUCCCGACACAGUUGCCGAUGGACUGAUUAACUUCGACAAGAGAAGAAAGGAGUUCGAAGUACUAGCUCAAAUAAAGUUACUACAGGGUGCUGCAAACGCUUAUCACUUGCCAACCGACCCGAUGUUCGACAGAUGGUUCGAUUCAGUGAUAGUGCUAGACGACAGAGAGGCGUACCAAUUGUCCUGUCAAAUUGAACCACCAACAAAUCCACCGAAAGAACGGCGCGCCAAGAAAAUCAAUGAGAACAACAACCACUGCCAUCGAAAGAAUGAUUCUAUCGCAAGCACGAGUUCUAGUAGUAGUUCACAGUUUUACUGCGAGACUGACGGCGCCGCGAACGCCUGGAAAAGAGACAGCUUAGAACGACGAACGUCACCCACUAGAUUAUCCCAUGGUUCCUCCUCAUCAUCGUUGCCAUCAUUAGAUAUAUCGGUUUCAAGCGCGAACAGUGGUCAGAAGCAGCCGAACGGCAAAUUGCCAGCCACGAGUCCCGCUCAUGCGAAUAAUCGGUCAGGGCCAGACUUCUACAUUAUUAGAGUGACGUACGAAUCAGAUUGUGUGGAAACGGAAGGCGUAGUGCUAUACAAGUCCAUAAUGCUAAGUAACAACGAGCGGACGCCGCAGGUGGUUCGCAACGCCAUGCUCAAAUUGAAUCUCGACGGCGAUCCUGACGCCUACACUUUGGCACAAGUUCUGCCUGACAAAGAAAUGUUGUUGCCAGCGAACGCUAAUGUUUAUUAUGCAGUCAACACGGCGUAUAACUUAAAUUUCAUACUAAGGCCACGAAAGAAUCAGCAGGAUGAGCCUAUUGUGAACGGAAAAGCCAGGAAUAAACGAACUUGAUUAAACCUCACCAUGCAAUCGUUAUGUUGCUGUUCGUUUAAUGUGUAAAUACAUCCCCUUGAAGAAAAGAAUACUUUAGGACAACGUUAGACAAAAGACAUUUUCAUUAUUUGUAAAAAUAUAUUCAUUACUUCCAUUAGGGCUACAGUAUUUGCUCGUGCCUCAUAUUUAUUUAAUAUUUGAUUAAAUGAUGCUUGAAAGCUGCGCUUGGAAUGUGUCAUGUUCGAACGCGUUAUGUCCAGUUUGUGAAGCACUAUAAAUGACUGUAACGUAUCUAAUAAUCUCUUAAAUACCUCUCUAUAAUGUAUACUUAAAACGUGGAGUUCCAAGCGUAAGUAAUAAAUAUUUAAUAAGUAAAAAAAGACUUUAGAAGAAGCAAACAACAAUUUGGUUGGGUUUCUGUACAUAUAUAAAUAUCUACAUAUGAAUGUUUUUUUUUGUUUGCCUCAAUACACUGAGAUUGAGGUUUGGUUUAAAAAAAAAAUUAGCAAAAACCCAAUGAAAAAAUCCAAGAAACCUUUACUUGACAAAAACCGAUAUCAAGCUAAUAACAGGUUCUUGAGAAUCGGUCAACCAAUGUUUGGGAAAGAACUUGAGAACCUGUUCUUAGCAGGUUGUCGUUUAAUUGAUACGGGCUUAAGACUUCAUGGUAAAAACUUUGCACAACCAUUCAAAACCUCACCAUCCGCGAUAGUCAUGCUGUAUUAAUAUUUUUGUUCAAACUUGUAAUGUUAAAGUACAAAAGCCUCUAUUCAGUAACUUUUCUCUUCAGUAAUACAGAUUUCCAACCAACAGUUUUCUAAGAAACUCAAUAGCUAUAUAUAUCGCUGUCUUCAUCUUCACCGAAAAGUUUGUACGGAGCUGACGGAUCAUUAGUUCGAAACUGUCAGAAAAUUUACUGAAUACGGGGCCAGUACUUAUACUGUUAUUUUUAAAUUAACAAACGUAUUAAGAGUUAAAUUUUUAUGAAGUCGUCAAUUAUUAACUUUUGGCCAUAAGUAUAUUUUUUAAACAUUGAUACCGACGCUGACUACUAAUAUAUUGUCAAUUUUUUCUCACCAGUCUUAUGAAUAGACAUUAAGAAAUAAUAAAAGGUACCAAUAAUAAAAUUAUCUUUUUAAUUACACAAUUUUGUAUUCAAACUGGUGAGACAAAAUGAACUUUAUUAAGUAUGCAUGAAUUGUGUAUUUGCUGUUAAUACUUUUUAAUACUAAUAAUAUUUGUAUAAUAUGUACGUGUGUGUGUAAAUAACAUGCUCUCAAUGCCACCUGUAAAUUAAGUGUUAUAUAUUUUGAAUUACCUUUUAUGUGAUCGUUUAUCCGUAUUUGUAUAUAUUGAUUAAGAAAUAAUAUCUAUAAAUAAGAAUCUCUUAAACUAGGAUUCCUGUAGUAAUAAUACUAAGCCAAAGGCGAUAUAUUUGUAUGUAAAGGCAAGGUGCUGUUUACCUUUUGUAUUAUAAAUUUAGAAGCUUUAAAAUUUAAUACGUUUAUAAACCGAAUUUCAACUUACUUCUUAUAAUAAUUAUAAUAUAAUGUUUUCUACCUGCUAAAUAACACAUACAAAGCAUUGGCAAAUUAAUAAAAAAAAGUAGAUGAUCUAGAAGUAUGUAUAGUAAAUAUAUGAAAUAAAAGACUUACUAGCUAAUUCAUUUUUACACAAUUUAUGUAUUUAACCUAAACACAAUUUAAACUGCAUUUGUAAUAAUAUAUGGUACGUGCCUAUAUGAUAUUGUAUUCUAUUUAUAUUCUUGUUUUGGGGCAUUUAAUACUAACUGUUUAAUACUCUAUUAUAUCAUUAAAAAAAAACGUGUCCAUGUUACCCACAAUUGUAAACCAUACUCUGAAUCAUAUAAUACAUAACCCUGUUUGUAAAUUAUGUAGAUUUGUAAUCUGUAGCAGUGAACCAAUGUAGCUCUCACCAGUGGCCCCGUGUAACGUGUUAUAUAUUUUUAUGUAAUAAAAACUAUUAAUAAUU